AUGACCAUACUGAUGCACGGUGGCCAGUCAAGAACAACUAGAGUGAAGAAGGCCAAUUUCCAAUUGUCAACACGUAACCAAAGAAAAAACAUUAGUCUUCAUGCAUGGGCAGUUCCCACAGUUUGCUCACCACCAGAACCCGCAGCCGUUGAUUUGAAACGAUACCCUCACCUAAAAGGCUUGGCGUUGGCAGAUACAGAUCCACGAAGCGGGGCGACGAUCGAUAUCCUACUUGGCGCCGACCAGUGGUCCCAAAUUAUGAAAGGUGGUAUCAAGAGAGGAGAUUCUCAGAGUCCAAUGGCCAUGAAUUCGGUUUUUGGUUGGCUCCUCUCAGGUCCUACUGGUGUCGAGCGGUCUAAAUCUUGUAAUGCAUCGACCCACCAUGCCACAACCAAGAUCCUUGAAGAUUAUCCCAAUUUUGUUUUAAAGAAAUUCUGGAACCUGGAAGCAAUCGGCGUGACCGAAGCUCCUAAAAUUCAAAGUGCCGAGGAAAAAUACGUCGCUCAACGAUUCGAGGACAAUGUGAAGUUUGAUGGGCAAAGGUACGAAGUGUCGCUGCCCUGGAAGGAAGAUUGUCCCAAGUUAUUGAGCAACCGAGGACUUGCUCUGAAGCGACUCGCAAAUGUUGAAGCGAAACUAAAGAAACAGCCCGAACAUGCACGGAUGUAUAAAGAUUCUAUUAAUCAAUAUAUAAACGAUGGUCAUGCCAGACUAAUAACAGCAGAAGAUGACAAAGCUUAUAGAAUUCAUUAUCUCCCACAUCAUCCCGUAUUCAGAGAGGAAAAAUCUACAACGAAAUGUAGAGCCGUAUUUGAUGCGUCUGCGAAAGGGCUAGAAGGAGUAUCCUUAAACGAUUGCCUUCUCCCUGGUCCAGCACUGCAACCUGAUUUGGUGUCGUUGUUGAUCCGCUUCAGAUGUCAUCGUAUUGGAAUGAUGGCGGACGUUCGUAAGAUGUUUUUACAAAUCAAAAUAGCUUCCGAAGAUCAGAACGCACAUUGUUUCCUUUGGAGAGAUAUGGAUCCCAAUUCAGAAAUAAAAACAUAUUGUAUGACGAGACUCCCGUUUGGCGACGUGAGCAGCCCGUAUGAAGCGAUAGCAACAAUGCACCAUCAUGCUGACCAAUGUAAAGUGGUAUACCCUGAAGCAGCUCGAGUUAUCAAAGAAGAUACGUACGUGGAUGAUUGUUUAACCGGAUGCGAAACUGAAACAAUGGGCCGUAAACUUUAUAGCGAUUUGGUGGAGAUAAUGAAGAUUGGAGGUUUUGAUCUGUUAAAAUGGGCAACGAAUUCUAAGUCGUUGUUGUCCUAUAUUCCCGCUGAUCAAAGAGCGAGUAGUUGGUUGGUGUGCCUUGAUAACGAGUCUGACCCUUUGAAAGCUCUCGGACUAUCCUGGGACACCGUUGAUGACGUGUUCUUAUUUCACCAAGGAGAUAAAUUAUUACAAACACCUGAUCCUGAGACGAAACGAAGUGUCAUUGGUAUAUCCUCCAAACUCUUCGACCCACUGGGAUUUCUCAGUCCUUUCACAAUUCGAGCCAAAAUCCUUUAUCAGAAGCUAUGGAUUCGUGGUGCGUCGUGGGAUGAUUCACUUGAUGAAGAAAUCAAAAAUGAAUGGCAAAAGUGGAAAGAAGAACUUGAACAUUUAAAUCUCAUUCGCAUCAGUCGUUCCUUUCUGAUAGACCUUGGCCUUGAGAUAGUCAGUGUCCAGCUUCAUGGCUUUAGCGACGCAAGCCCGAGUGCCUACGGAGCUGUUAUCUAUCUUCGUCUUCAAGAUUCUACCGGGAAUGUGCAAGUACAACUCCUAUUCGCGAAGACGAGAGUUGCGCCUACGAAAAGAAUUACAUUACCAAGAUUGGAAUUGAUGGCGGCGUAUUUGUUGUCAAAGAUGAUCACGUUCCUUCUUAAGGUCUUAGGAAAAAGGAUCAAUCAGUAUAUCUGUUGGCAUACAGGGACAUUCUUUGAUGAACAAGAUAAUGUGGACAAGUUUGUUGAAGAGUAUGCAAACAAUGCUGAGGUAGCACCAACAAAAAACAAUCGUGAUGAUAUUCUUGAAAGGGUUGAUCUUGCUAUUCCAGUAUUCCAUUGUUAUGGCCAUAAAUCAGCUUGUCAGAUUAACUAUGGCCCACAGCGUAAAGAUGGUUAUGGUCUCACUGAUGGAGAAGCUAUUAAAAGGUUAUGGUCCUACUUGCGAGGAUUUUCAUCCAUUACAAAAGAGAUGACUGCCAGUAGGCGAGUGGAUUUGCUAUCAGAUGCACUAUAUUAA